GUUAAUAUUGAUAUCUCCAGCUUGAAAACCUUGAGCACGAAUUUGUUUAGUAGCUCAACUCGAUGAAGGGUUAGGGACAUAUUUUGGUUGCUGUACUUAAAGUUUUCUCGUUAUUAGCUAACUUAGCUCGGCUUAAAGUUUUUUAGCUCAAUUUGUUUGCACAUCUUCGUUGCGCAAAUAUUAUCUUUUAUUAGCUGGGCGUCUUUUUCUGGGCACUUAUUCAGAUAUUUGUCUCUCACUCUUGACAGUCAUGAUCAACUGAUCACCCCUCACUCGCUCAAAACCACAUAAACUUUUCCCUUUUUUCCCUUUUUCCCUGUAAUAUCUUCCGUAGGGACAUACUUUUUCAUGUCAAUUCUCAAAUAUCUCAAAGUUUUGUUUGCGGCGUGAAGUGAAGAGCCAUGGCAGCUACUGUGAAGACCAACGGUGAUGGGACUGAUGAAGCUAAACUUACAAAGAAAACUCCAUCAGUUGCUUAUCCUCUGGCUAAAGAACCAACCCAGAUUUCUGCCAAUAUUGAGUACCACGCGCAAUACGGCCCUCAUUUUUCCCCUUUCAAGUUUGAGCCAGAACAAGCAUUCUACGCUACUGCAGAAAGUGUUCGUGACCUCCUGAUCAAGCAAUGGAAUGAGACGUACAGUCACUAUCACAAAGUUAAUCCUAAGCAGACAUACUAUUUAUCCAUGGAGUAUCUCCAAGGCCGAGCUUUGACCAAUGCUGUUGGGAACCUCGAUGUUCAAGAUGCAUAUGCUAAAGCUUUAAAGCAACUGGGUCAUGAACUUGAGGAAAUAGUGGAGCAGGAGAAAGAUGCUGCACUUGGAAAUGGUGGUCUUGGGAGGCUUGCUUCUUGUUUUCUUGACUCAAUGGCAACCUUGAAUUUACCUGCCUGGGGAUAUGGUUUGAGGUACAGAUAUGGUCUAUUCAAGCAGAUAAUCACCAAAGCAGGCCAAGAGGAAAUUGCAGAAGAUUGGUUGGAGAAAUUCAGUCCCUGGGAGAUUGUCAGACAUGAUAUUGUCUAUCCAAUAAGAUUCUUUGGACAAGUUGAGGUCCAUCCAUCUGGGUUCCGAAAAUGGGUUGGCGGAGAGAUUAUACAAGCUGUUGCAUAUGAUGUGCCAAUUCCUGGAUACAAGACAAAGAACACCAACAGUCUUCGUCUCUGGGAGGCCAAAGCUAGUGCUCAGGACUUCAACUUAUUUCAGUUUAAUGAUGGGCAAUAUGAAUCCGCAGCUCUACUUCAUUCAAGGGCUCAGCAGAUUUGUGCCAUUCUCUAUCCUGGAGAUUCUACAGAAAAUGGGAAACUUUUACGACUGAAGCAGCAGUUUUUCCUGUGUAGUGCAUCGCUGCAGGACAUUAUAGCCCGAUUUAAGGAAAGGAAAGAUGGAAAGAAUGACAUCCAAUGGUCGGAAUUCCCUUCUAAGGUUGCAGUUCAACUGAAUGAUACACAUCCGACUCUUGCAAUACCGGAAUUGAUGCGUUUGUUAAUGGAUGAUGAAGGCCUUGGAUGGGAUGAAGCUUGGGAUAUUACCACCAGGACAAUAGCCUACACAAACCAUACAGUCCUUCCUGAAGCCCUGGAAAAAUGGUCACAAGGCGUUAUGUGGAAGCUUCUUCCACGCCAUAUGGAAAUCAUUGAAGAAAUUGACAAGCGGUUUAUUGCCAUGGUUAAGUCAGCUAGACCUGACCUCGAGGACAAACUUACUGGUCUAUGUAUUUUGGAUAACAACCCACAAAAAGCAGUUGUACGAAUGGCCAACUUGUGUGUGGUGUCUGCACACACGGUGAACGGUGUUGCGCAGCUGCAUAGUGACAUAUUAACAUCUGAGUUAUUCUCAGAUUAUGUUUCUAUAUGGCCUUCCAAAUUUCAGAACAAAACCAAUGGUAUAACUCCUCGUCGGUGGCUAAGGUUUUGCAAUCCAGAACUUAGUGAUAUUAUAACCAAAUGGCUAAAAACAGAUCAGUGGGUGACUAACCUUGACCUACUUGCAAAUCUUCGACAGUUUGCUGAAAAUGAAGAACUCCAAAGCGAGUGGGAAUUGGCUAAGUUGGCAAGCAAACAGCGUUUGGCAAACUAUAUUCUGCAGGUCACUGGUGAGAACAUUGACCCGAACUCAAUGUUUGAUAUUCAAGUCAAACGCAUUCAUGAAUAUAAGAGGCAGCUGCUAAACAUUUUGGGGGCUGUCUAUAGAUACAAGAAACUAAAGGAGAUGAGCCCUGAAGAACGUACAACUACAACUCCUCGCACCAUCAUGAUUGGAGGAAAAGCAUUUGCGACGUAUACAAAUGCCAAAAGAAUAGUAAAACUCGUAAAUGAUGUUGGUGCUGUUGUCAACAGCGACCCGGAAGUCAAUAGCUUUUUAAAGGUCGUUUUUGUCCCCAAUUACAAUGUAUCCGUGGCUGAGAUACUUAUCCCUGGAAGUGAAUUAUCACAGCAUAUCAGUACAGCUGGAAUGGAGGCAAGUGGCACAAGUAAUAUGAAAUUUGCCCUCAAUGGAUGCCUUAUUAUAGGGACACUUGAUGGCGCUAAUGUUGAAAUCAGAGAGGAAAUUGGGGAAGAAAAUUUCUUUCUUUUUGGUGCCACAGCUGAUGAAGUUCCUAGGUUGCGUAAAGAAAGAGAAAAUGGAAUGUUCAAACCUGAUCCUAGAUUUGAAGAGGCUAAACAGUUCAUAAGAUCUGGAGCAUUUGGUACCUAUGAUUAUAAUCCACUGCUCGAAUCACUUGAGGGCAAUUCUGGCUACGGGCGUGGUGAUUACUUUCUUGUUGGUUAUGACUUCCCAAGCUACAUGGAUGCUCAACAAAGGGUGGAUGAAGCUUAUAAGGACAGAAAGAGAUGGACAAAGAUGUCAAUACUUAGCACUGCUGGCAGUGGAAAAUUUAGCAGCGACCGAACAAUUGCUCAAUAUGCAAGUGAAAUUUGGAAAAUAAACGAGUCCCCCGUACCAUAAACACGAAGCACUUCAACUAAGAUAAAAUCAGUCUACUUGUAAGAAGGUAGACAAGUAUCCUUAAACAUAACGAACUGGGGCUAGAGGUGCUUUGGUGCUGGCUUCCUGUUCUAUAUAUAAUGUCUGUUUCAUAUCAGCAUCAAUAUCAUCAGACAACUUGUUUGAACACAAAUUGAUGUCAAUAAUGCCUGACAUCUUAUUUUACCAGUAUCAAUAGUGCCAAACUUUACUCACUUUCUGCUUGUUCGGUUAAAGGAAGAUGGAAAAUAUUAUUGUGUUUUACACUUGUAUAUUUAUACCAUAGUAUGGCUAUAUGGUAAUAAUAAGUGCACAAUAAUGUGUGCUCAGUACAAUAAUAUAUAAGUGUAAAUGAAGAUGUAAA